UGUGUACGUCAAUAUGUAUGUGAGCGUGCGUACGUGUGUGCGUGUGUGUGUGUGUGUGUGUGUCUGCGUGCAUGUGUGUGUGCGUGCGUGCGCACGUCCAUCUGGCAUUGCACAGGCCUCCUAUCACAUUUGCGAGCACAAAAGAAUGAUUUGAUUUAUUUGCUCUGCUGGGUAAAUACAGUGCGACCAUGUGAUCCGCGCCAUAACCAAUAGGCGGCUGAGGAGAAGGUAAGGGCAGGAAAAAAAUUACUACCAUUUUAGGGGAGGAUGGAAGCCACUAUACUGACCCAUCUAAGGUUUUACAGUCGCCUUUAAGUGUCUUUUUUAUUGAAAUAAUAAAAUAAACAUGUCGCUAACAAAUUAUUAUUCCAUGAUGGGGCUGCAGACUGAGGAGCCGUACGGCGCACAUUUCCUCCCGGCAGGCUUGCAGGCGUCGACGGCCGGCUGCGCAAAGCCAUCCCGCGGCGCGGAGGAGGAGGAGGGGACCCCGGGCUCGCACAUUCCGGAUUUUGCCCACUUCCCCAACAAGCAAAGCGGCUUGAAUGGCUUCUCGCCGUGGACGAACCCCCCCUCGGCGUCGUCGCCCCCUUCCCCGCCGCUUCAGGCCGCUCCCGGCGCCUCCAUCGCGGGGCUUUUCCACCCGCACCACCUACUCGGCCACCACCACCACCACCAGCAGCCGCCGCCACCGCCGCCGCCGCCGCCACACCUCCAGCCCCAGCAGCCCUCUUACUACGCCGAGCACCUCGCCCCGGCCUCGGAAGGCCGCUUCGUCCGCUGCUGGGAGGGCCCCGGCCCCACCGCGGAGGGCAACUUCGCCGCGUGCCUGCCCCAAGCGCAGGGCUGCCCCUCGAACCAGAGCCCGAGGUUCGAGGCGGUGAAGCCCGACAGCUCACCGCCUCGGUCGCGCGAUAGCCCCGGAGACUCUAGCUUCGCCAGCCCGGGAGAGGUGGUGCUCGAGCGGCUGGGAACCCCCGAGGAGCUCCGCAAGAAGCCGGAGCCCAAAAAGGAGGACGAAGAGGAGGACCAGGAAGGCAAGAAGAAAGGCCAACCGGUGCAGCCUGACCCAGAGAACCCAUCGGCCAGCUGGAUCCAUGCCAAGUCCACCCGCAAGAAGCGCUGCCCCUAUACCAAGCACCAGACCUUGGAGUUGGAGAAAGAGUUCCUCUACAACAUGUACCUGACCCGGGACCGGCGCCUGGAGGUGGCCAGACUCUUGAAUCUGACCGAGCGCCAAGUAAAAAUCUGGUUCCAGAACCGACGCAUGAAGAUGAAGAAACUGAUGAUCCGGGAAAGGAGGAGCAUCAAUGAAUAGGAUGGGAAGGGAUGCGGGGGAAGGGUGGGCGGGUUAUAACAUAAGCUUCUGUACACCUUCUUUAGAAAAAAAAAACAAAAGAAAAAAAAAGAAAAACAUUGGGGGGAAGCUUCUAAAACUUCCAAGUGCGAGCUGAAUGGGCCUCACGGGACUUUUAAGUCACAAGAACAUUGUGAAGUAAGACAAAGACGUCCACACUGUGGCACACUUAUGUCAACGUGAAAGCAAAACUAUAUUUUUUGCUUCUGUCCAGCUUAUCUACAUGUUCUCGUGAGAAUUUAGCAGGAUUUUGUACAACAACAAAAAUUGUGCAAAGAUUAUGUGCUAAAUUUGGAGCAAAGUGACAUUUUUUUAGGAGGGGUAAUUUUGACAUGCUCAUCAAAGAAUGUCAUAAAAAUAAUGUAUGCUAAUCACUUUGGAAUUGUUCUCAAGUAUUGUGGUCAAAUAUUUCCGCGCAAAAUGUCAGUCAAUUUUAGGUGAGUGCUUAACAUACCUUUUGUACCAAAUGUUCAUUUGAUUCUUGCAACAAGAAGCCUGACAUUCUCUGAAAAUACGGCCAACAAUGUUUUGUUCCCACAAAACAAUUUUUGUGGGAACAACGUCAGGAUGUAAUAUAGUCACGCUACCAAAUUAUGUCCGAAUUUUAUUUGACCAAACGAUUGUUUUUUUUCCUCUCUCCAUCUAUUGCAAAAAAUGUCUUCGGAUUUUGAACAAAAUUUUUGUUGCAAGUCGUCAUUAUUUGGAGGGGUAACUUGAAACAUUUAACCAUACGCAUUAACUACGUUGAAAAUGUGGUGUGCUCCGAAACUGUAGUGACAUUUCACGUUUUUGUGUCAGAUUUUGUGCAAUUUUUAGGAUUUAGGAAAUUAUAUGCCUUAAGUAACAUAAACUUAUGCAUUGCAAUAUGUAAAAGAUUAGAUUUGCGACGUCUAGUGGCUACCAAACAACGUCAAAUAUU